UUUCUGACGAUUCGGACAACAUGGCGGCAGAAAGCGGCAGCGAUUCACAGCUGAGCAAGAGAAGGCGCCGGGUCCCGGAGGAACCAGAAAAAACGGAACUCAGCGAAAGAGAGCUGGCAGUGGCAGUGGCAGUGACCCAAGAAAAUGAAGAGGAAAGUGAAGAACGCUGGGUUGGGCCUUUACCUGUAGAGGCAACAUUGGCCAAGAAGAGGAAAGUUCUAGAGUUUGAAAGAGUCUAUCUUGAUAAUCUUCCCAGUGCUUCCAUGUAUGAACGCAGUUACAUGCACAGAGAUGUCAUCACCCAUGUUGUGUGCACCAAAACAGACUUUAUCAUUACUGCCAGUCAUGAUGGACAUGUUAAAUUCUGGAAAAAAAUAGAAGAGGGAAUUGAAUUUGUUAAACAUUUUCGUAGUCACCUAGGAAUUAUUGAGAGUAUUGCAGUUAGCUCUGAGGGAGCAUUAUUCUGUUCUGUGGGUGAUGAUAAAGCAAUGAAGGUGUUUGAUGUAGUGAACUUUGACAUGAUCAAUAUGCUGAAGCUUGGCUAUUUUCCUGGACAGUGUGAGUGGAUCUAUUGCCCAGGAGAUGCCAUAUCUUCAGUUGCUGCUUCUGAGAAGAGUACAGGAAAAAUUUUCAUUUAUGAUGGUCGAGGAGAUAAUCAGCCGCUACAUAUUUUUGAUAAACUCCAUACAUCACCUCUCACUCAGAUACGGCUAAACCCAAUUUACAAAGCAGUUGUGUCUUCUGACAAAUCUGGAAUGAUUGAAUACUGGACCGGUCCUCCUCAUGAAUAUAAAUUCCCCAAAAAUGUGAACUGGGAAUAUAAAACUGACACAGAUUUAUAUGAAUUUGCCAAGUGCAAGGCUUAUCCAACCAGCAUAUGUUUUUCACCUGAUGGGAAGAAAAUUGCUACUAUUGGUUCUGAUAGAAAAGUUAGAAUUUUCAGAUUUUUAACUGGAAAACUCAUGAGGGUCUUUGAUGAAUCACUAAGUAUGUUUACUGAACUGCAGCAGAUGAGGCAACAACUACCAGACAUGGAAUUUGGCCGACGAAUGGCUGUAGAACGUGAAUUGGAGAAGGUGGAUGCAGUAAGAUUAAUUAAUAUAGUUUUUGAUGAAACUGGACACUUUGUGCUAUAUGGAACAAUGCUGGGCAUUAAAGUUAUAAAUGUUGAAACAAACCGGUGUGUGCGGAUCUUAGGCAAGCAAGAAAAUAUUAGAGUAAUGCAACUGGCUUUGUUCCAGGGAAUAGCCAAAAAACAUCGUGCUGCAACUACUAUAGAAAUGAAAGCUUCUGAAAACCCUGUUCUUCAGAAUAUUCAAGCUGACCCAACAGUAGUCUGUACAUCUUUCAAAAAGAAUAGAUUUUAUAUGUUUACUAAACGAGAACCUGAAGAUACAAAAAGUGCAGAUUCUGACCGAGAUGUUUUUAAUGAGAGGCCUUCUAAAGAAGAAGUCAUGGCAGCUACUCAAGCUGAGGGACCUAAACGAGUGUCAGAUAGUGCUAUUAUCCACACAAGCAUGGGAGACAUUCACAUCAAACUCUUUCCUGUUGAGUGCCCUAAGACAGUGGAAAACUUCUGUGUUCACAGUAGAAAUGGUUAUUAUAAUGGACAUACAUUUCACCGCAUAAUUAAGGGCUUCAUGAUUCAGACAGGAGAUCCAACAGGUACUGGUAUGGGAGGAGAAAGCAUAUGGGGAGGAGAAUUUGAAGAUGAAUUUCACUCAACAUUACGACAUGACAGACCAUAUACACUCAGCAUGGCCAAUGCUGGAUCAAAUACUAAUGGAUCCCAGUUUUUUAUAACAGUAGUACCAACGAUAACAACUAAUUGUGAAUGGAAAUGAAGGAGUGGAAGCUAUUGAGAGAAUAUAAUGGAAUUGAACUGAAUAGAGUAACAGAACUAUACCCCACAAAUUCUACUCUAUACGACAAUAUUGCCAGUGAUCAUGCUCAUAUGAACAUUAAUACUAAUCUUUGUUAAAAGCAGCAAGAGGUAAGUAUGCUUAACUGUCUACAUAUAUAACAUAAAUAUGGUUGUUAUGCUAUAAUUAUGCUUUUCAUGAAAUAACCCAGAGUACAUAUCCCAGUUUUUCUAAUUUUCUUAAUAAUGUUACUAAUUUUCUUAAUAAUGCGGUGUCUGCUACAAAUAUAUAAAGGUAUAGUUACAUAUUUAAUCAAUGCUAAAGCAUCAGUUUUAUUACCUAAUCAAUGCAUUGAAAACUGGCAUCCUAAAAAUUUGAAAAAUUAUAAUGUAACUCUUAUACUCUUACCUUGGGUAUUGAGGUAAUAAUGUUUCCACAAUGGUCUUAAUUUGUGUUUUCCACCUACAUCCCAAAUGGUGAACUUUAGAUUUUUAUAUUCUACAGUUUCCACAUUAAAACCUGUUUUUAAAAAAAGUUUCUUUAAUACUAAACUUAUAUUUACAAUGAAUGACACAACAAACACAGGCAACACCAUUUACAACUGUAACUUACAAAUUAUCUUCAUACAACAAUAUCUACUGCUGCCCAACUAACUCCACUCCUAAUAAGCAUACAUGAGGAAAUUAAUACCUUUAACCAGAGCUCUUAGGACCUUGACACUGAAGUGCCAGCUCUGCACCACUACCACCUCCUCACCCCAAAUCCUUAGCCAGUCAUCAAUCCUUUAUUCCUUGCAACUGUACCACCAAUAUUCUGUUCCUUCUUACUAUCCCUCUAUCCACAUUUCAGUUAAACAGCCACUGAAUAUUCCAUUUUUUUCUCCAUGGCAGAGCCAUUCUCCACAGCAGACAGGCAUAAAAUAAGGUCCUAAGAACUCAGCUAUAAGCUAGAGUUUGUAUGUAAAGUGUCCAUUAAAGAUAAAGCAAUACUCAUACUUACCAAUUGUUGGAAUAGGCUGCAUAAACUCAUCCUGUUUUAAUUUAAACAAAAUAGUAGUUUUUCCAGCACCAUCUAAUCCUAAUGUGACAACUCGAAUUUCCAUUUUUGGUCCAAUGUGAACUCUAUUGUCCUAUAAUUUUUAAAAAAUUUAAUCUUUUUAUUUUGUUAUGGAGUUAAAAGUAUUAGCACUUAACACUUUUAUUUACAAAAAACUUCUGUUAAUUAUUUGUCUCCUACUCAUUCCUCAAUCCAUUAAAAUCAGUUUAAAAUACCCUGAUUCUGAUAUUCUCAGAGGAAUCACUCCUCAUUGCUUUGCUAAAUCUUGGCUUAGUAAAACUUACUACAUACUUUGUUUUAAUACAAGUUAAAAAAAUAUACACAUCCACUUCUUUAUCCCAGAUUUUCUAGCUCAACUGAAUCUUCUUUAAAUAAAAUUUUUAUGCUGAGUUAAAUAUAUUAAUUAAAAAUGAAAAGUGAUGCUCAUUUCCCAUAAAUAUCCACUGUUAACAAUUUCAUGUAUGUCCUUCCAGACACCUUUCUGUGCACACAUUGGUUGACAUACAUAAAACAAAUAUACUUUAAAAAAAAAACAUAUUUCAACUAACUUUUCACAAUUAACAUUAUGGAAAUCUUUCAUUUCAAAACAUACAGACAUACUUUUCCUUUCAAUUGCUUCAUUAUAUUCCAUAAACCACAAUUUAACUAAUCUCAACUGAAAGAUACUAGGUCAUCUCUGAUUUUUUGAUAUUAUAAAUAAUGCUGCAAUGAACAUACUUGUAUAUAUUGCUGCAUGACCUCUCUGCCUCACUUCUCCCAUCUGUAAAAUGGGGAAUGAAAAUAGCACCAGACUUAUAUAGGAUUAUUGCAUAUAUUAAUUUUUAAAAAGACAUGUAAAAAUCCUUAAAACACGUAGCCCAUAAAUGCUAUAUAAAUGUCAACAAUUAUUUUACUUCCUCAUUUGUGCACUCUUUUUGGCUUUUGUGAUACAAAAUUUUUCUGGUUUUCAUUCCACCAUUCUGGAUACUCCCUCUCAUUUUUCUUUUAUCCACUUCUUAAAUGUUGGCAUUCUAGAGUGUCUGUAUGAGGCCUCCUCUUUGUUCUACAAACUUUCAAUUGCUCCAUGCGCUUCAGUUACCAUCUAUAUGAUGAUGGCUCCCAAGCCUACAGUCCAGCCCUAAGCUUCAGAAAUAUAUACUAUUCAGAAAAAUAUAUGAACCAGAAUACCUUGGUGAAAACUCUAGGGACCAGUUGAGAAACUACAGCACCUGGGCCAUAAAAACAAGAAAGGACUCCAGUGAAAGGGUUAAGAAAAUUUACAGAAUUCUAUGCACCAACCUGUACCCUUCCGCCUACUUGGCACAGCACAGUACAACCAGGAGGAAAACUCCCAUGCCAGGAUUCUUCCUCUGGACAGAAACAAAGAACUGCCUAAGCAUCCAACGUUCUGACCUACCUGGGGGCUUCCUUAGACACUAGUUUCUAUCUCACCUGACUUGAACCUCUUAGGUACUGGUGACAUAGUUUGGAAGCCACUGGAAACAAAGGCAAGAACAUGGCAUAUCAGAGCUGCAGUUCCAUCGGGAAACCAUAGGAGGCAAGAGAUUACUGGCUUCAGAGAAGACAGGGGCAACCUGAGCAGGAAAUUUGACAUUAAAGUAACAUGAACAAACCCAGAGAAGACAAAUCCCCAGAAAAGUCUUGGAAGUCCUAGAAUCUCUAGCUGGGAUGAUAAGGUAAAUGUUUUCCCAGGCAUGAAGCCAGUCCAUAAAGAUUGAGGGAGGUGGCUAUUUUUUCAAAAGCCCAAAUCUCAACAAAAGGUCAAAAGGCAUACAAAGACCAAGGAAACAGGGCCCAAUUAAUUAAAGGAACAAAAUAAAAUUUUAAAAACUGGUCCCAAGGAAAUUCAGAACCAUGAAAUGCUGGACAAAAAGUUUAAAAUAACUGUCACAGAGAUGAUCAAUGAGCUAAAAGAAACACAAACAAAAUCAGGAAAAGUGUGAAGGGAUAAGAUGAGAAUACCAACUAAGAGGAAGAAACUUCAGGGAAGAACAGAAAUUCUGGGUCUGAAACUAUAGUAACUGCGCAGAAAAGUUCAGUAGAGAGUUUCAGCAGUAGACUUCAUCAGGCAGGAAAAAAAUAAUAAGAAAACUCAAGGACAAGUCAUUUGAAUUCAUGGAAUUAGAGGAGGAAAAGGAAAAAAGAAUGAAAAAAAAAAAAAAAGGAAGAGACCCUAAGAGACACAUGGGGAUGGGAGUCCC